CAUAUUUAGUGGCUGAGUAUGAAGUAUUUAAAGAGCAAGAAUCAAUACUGACAAAUACAGUACAAAUGAAUAACCUUGAAAAGGAAGAAAAUGUCUUGUUAGCUGUUAUGUAUGAACCUUUUCAAGAAUCUGACAUUAAUAAUGAAAUUCAAACUUAUCUUGCAUUGCCAAAAAUUCCAA